AUGGACAGGCCAAGGUCAAUUGCCAGUCGCCUGAACGCCAUGAGAUCGGCGAAUUGCAUGAUUCGCCCGGCCGUCUACGGGCUCAGUGCAUCCCGGCUCUGUCAAAGGAGCCUCGCGGGCUUCGAGGUGAAUUGCAAGGUCCGGCCGACCGAGAAGGCGUCCAUCCACGGCCUUCAGGCCCUGGUUUCGGACAGAGCUGUGGAGGAUGCCGUGGCUGGGAGCAGCUUGGCCGUGGCAGUGGUCGUACCCGAGAAAAACGACGCCGGCGACUGGUCCGUGUCGACCUUUGCUUCGCCGGACUUUGAGGAGCUGUUUGGGUAUUCCGUGCAUGAACUCAGAGGCAAGAGCCUUCUGCGGCUCCUCUCGAGCGGCAACGUGGACCCACGUGUGGAACUUUAUUGGAACCUCGCGUCUUUGGGCCACUUGCUGCAGCCCACGAAGGCGCUGUUGCAGCGCAAGACUGGGGAACUCGUGGAGGCGGAGCUGCUGAUUCGGAAGGUGGCCCUACCAGGUAGCCUCGAGGUGCUGAUCUUUCUUUGUGCCGAAGAUGCAGAUCUGCUUGAGCAGGAGGCACGGUGGAACUCGAUGCGCGUCUGCGCGCAUGGCACAGCUUUGUCCAUGUGCCAGAACUACCGCCUGCUUCCUUGGCCACUUGCCGGCGCGCUUCUCGUGAGCCAGGCAGAUACUGAGGAAGAGCAGCGUUUAGCGGGCGACCGCUUGCACUAUCGGCUCGUUCGAGGUGCUGGCCCCCCGGAGGGCUGGGUCAGCAUCAAGGUGUCCGGGAAGGUCCUGCUCUCGCGACUCACAGAGGCUGAAGCCGUGAGCACUGCCAAGGAUGAGAGCUUCGACAAAUGGCAGGUGCUGGGAGUCCAAGCGGAAUCCGAGGCAGCGAAGAGCGAGGAGGAAAUGAGGCGGGUCUCCGCGUCCAAGAUCUCCGCGGCGAUUGGCAAGCCCUAUGCG